ACUUUGGAGAAGGUGCUGGGAAUAACAGUGUCUGGAGGCAGAGGACUCGCCUGUGACCCCCGGUCAGGUUUAGUUGCCUACCCAGCUGGGAAAGGACCUGACGCAGUCCCUUAGCACCUUGUCUUCACUACCAGGAGCCCCUCUCAGCUUCCUUGCAAUGCCUCUGGAGUAGUGAUAAUACGAUCUACCUUUUAUUUGGCUCCUAGGAGCCCUAGCAACUCAGUGGUUAAGAGCUUGGCUGCUAACCAAAAGGUCAGCAGUUUGAAUCCACCAGCCGCUCCUUGGAAAUCCUAUGAGGCAGUUCUGCUCUGUCCUAUAGGGUCGCUGUGAGUCAGAAUCGACUCGAUGACAAUGGGCUUGGUUGGUUUUUUUAUGUGUCAAGAAAAAUCAUUUACACAAUGAUAGGCAUAUUGACCAAUGGAACAGAAUUGAGAACCCAGAUGUAAAUCCAUCUACCUACAGCCACCUGAUCUUUGACAAAGGCCCAAAGUACAUUAAAUGGGGAAAAGACAGUCUUUUUAACAAAUGGUGCUGGCAAAACUGGAUGUCCAUCUAUAGAAAAAUGAAACAGGACCCAUACCUCACACCACACACAAAAACUAAUUCGAAAUGGAUCAAAGACCUAAAUAUAAAACCCAAAACUAUAAAGAUCAUAGAAGAAAAAAUAGUGUCAACGCCAGGGGCCCUAAUAUAUGGCAUAAACAGGAUAUAAACCAUAAGUAACAAUACACAAAUACCUGAAGAUAAGCUGGAUAAACGGGAUCUACUAAAAAUUAAACAUUAUGCUCAUCAAAAGGCUUCACCAAAAGAGUAAAAAGAGAACCUACAGACUGGGAAAAAAAAUUUGGAAACUAUGACAUAUCCAGCAAAGGUCUAGUCUCUAAAAUCUGUUGGAAAAUCUAAUACCUCUACAAUAAAAACGCAAAUAAUUCAGUUAAAAAAUGGGCAAAGGUUAUGAAUAGACACUUCAACAAAGAAUACAUUCAGGUGGCUAACAGACACAUGAGGAAAUGCUCGCGAUCACUAGCCGUUAAAAAAAAAAAAGCCGUUAGAGAAAUGUAAAUCAAAACUACAAUGAGAUAUCCUCUCACCCUGACAUUGCUGGCACUAAUCAAAAAAACAGAAAAUAGCAAAUGUUGGAGAGGUUGCGGGGAGUUUGCAACUCUUACGCUCUGCUGGUGGGAAUGCAAAAUGGUACAGCCAUUUUGGAAAACACUGUGGUGCUUCCUGUAAAAAGCUAGAAAUAGAAACACCAUCCAGCAGUCCCACUCCUAGAGAAAAAUAAGAGCCGUCACAUGAAUAAACACAUGCACACCAAUGUUCAUUGCAGUACUAUUCACAAUAGCAAAAGGUGGAAACAACCUAGAUGCCUGUCAGCAGAUGAGUGGAGAAACAAACGGUGGUUCAUAUACACAAUGGAGUACAACGCAACGAUAAAGAACAAUGAUGAAUCUGUGAAAUAUCUCACAACAUGGGUGGAUCUGGAGGGCAUUAUGCUGAGUGAAAUAAAUCAAUCACAGAAGGACAAAUACUGUAUGAGAUCACUAUUAUAAAAAUACAUGAAAAUGUUUCCACACAGAAAGAAACAAUCUUUGAUGGUUACUAGGGAGGGAAAAACACUAUUUUUUUUUUUUUUUUUUUCAGGGAGGGAAAAACACUAUACACUAGAUAAGUGGUAACUUUAGUGAAGGGUAAGACAGUACACAAUACUGGGGAAGUCAUAGAAGCUUCACAGAUACAUCCAAAUGCCUUGAGGGACUGAGCUACUGGGCUGAGGGCUGGGGACUGUGGUCUUGGAGGACAUUUAGCUCAAUUGGCAUAACCUAGCCUAUGAAGAAAAUGUUCUACAUCCGACUGUGGUAAAUAGCAUGUGGGGUCUCAAAAGCUGUGAGAGGCCAUCUAAGAUACAUCGACUUGCCCCAUCCUGGCUGGAGCAAAGGAGAAUGAAGAAGACUAAAGACACAAGGGAAAGAUUAGUCCAAAGAACUAAUGGACCACAACUACCAUAACUUCCACCAGACUGAGCCCAGAACAACUAGAUGGUGCCCGGUUACCACCAUUGACUGCUGUGGCAGGGUCCCAGACAGAGCAGGAGAAAAACGUAGAACAAAAUUCAAAUUCACACGCAAAAAAAAAACAGGCUUGCUGGUCUGACAAAGACUGGAGAAACCCCAAGAGUAUGGCCCCCUUUUAACUCAGUACUGAAGCUGCUCCUGAGGUUCACCCUUCAGCCAAAGAUUGGAUAGGUCUGUAGGGCCAGUAAUAACACAUGUGAGGAACGUGCUUUGUUUUUCAAUCAUGUAUACAAGACUAAUGGGCACACCAGCCCAAAAGCAAAGACAAGAAGGCAGGAAGGUACAGGAAAACUGAAUGAAUGGAAACAGGGAACCUGGGGUGGAGAAGGGGAGAGUGUUGACACAUUGCGGGGUUGGCAACCAGUGUUACAAAACAAUUUUUGUAUUAACUGUUUAAUGAGAAACUGAUUUGCUUUGUAAGCUUUCACUAAAGCAUAAUAAAAAAAAAAAAUGAUUCGCUCUGUAUGGAAGUCUUAUGAGCUAGAUCUGAGCGUCUCCCUUUUUAUAGAUCAGGAAACAGGCUGUGAUUCAUCUAGGGUCCUGCACAUGGCACAACAGGGGCUCAAAUCCUGGUUUCUGACUCCAAAGGCCACAGUAUUCUCACUGCCUGCACUGCCCCUCAGGAUUCAGAGAUCCUUGGUCCUACCUUCCAUAGAAGACAGGUGGUGCCUACUUGAUGCUCCAGGGGACCACGUAAUGGACAUUCAUCUAUCCAGUAAAUGUUGAUUGAACAACUGCAGUGUGCCACACUCUGCCAGGGAGGAGACAGAGCAAAGCCAGGCCUAGCUCACACCCUCACAGAAGGUGUGUGGUCGUGCUGUUCAAUCCCCGGAAACACAAACAGCACCACAUCCUCAACAGUUCCAGGAAAACCAUCACUGCCCUUGCCUUCUCCCCUGAUGGCAAGUACCUGGUCACCGGAGAGGUCUUACCUCCCUGCAGAGUGGACACAUGCCGGCUGUGCGGGUGUGGGACGUGGCCGAGCGCAGCCAGGUGGCAGAGCUGCAGGAACACAAGUAUGGUGUGGCUUGUGUGGCCUUCUCCCCCAGUGCCAAGUACAUUGUGUCCGUGGGCUACCAGCAUGACAUGAUCGUCAAUGUCUGGGCCUGGAAGAAAAACAUUGUGGUGGCCUCCAACAAGGUGUCCAGUCGGGUGACAGCGGUAUCUUUCUCUGAGGACUGCAGCUACUUUGUUACCGCAGGCAACAGGCACAUCAAAUUCUGGUACCUUGAUGACAGCAAGACCUCAAAGGUGAAUGCCACUGUGCCCCUGCUGGGCCGCUCAGGGCUGCUAGGGGAGCUGCGGAACAACCUGUUCACUGAUGUGGCCUGUGGCCGUGGGAAGAAGGCGGACAGCACCUUCUGUAUCACAUCCUCCGGGCUGUUGUGCGAGUUCAGUGAUCGGAGACUUUUGGACAAGUGGGUGGAGCUGAGAACCACGGUGGCCCACUGCAUCUCCGUGAGCCAAGACUACAUCUUCUGUGGCUGUGCUGAUGGCACUGUGCGCCUGUUCAACCCCUCCAACCUGCACUUCUUGAGCACACUGCCCCGGCCCCAUGCCCUGGGGACAGACAUUGCCAGCGUCACUGAGGCCAGUCACCUCUUCUCUGGAGUGGCCAGUGCCAGGUAUCCAGACACCAUUGCCUUGACCUUUGAUCCUGCUAAUCAGUGGCUGUCUUGUGUGUACAACGACCACAGCAUUUAUGUUUGGGAUGUGAGGGACCCCAAGAAAGUGGGCAAGGUGUACUCGGCUCUGUAUCAUUCGUCCUGCGUCUGGAGCGUGGAGAUCUACCCCGAGGUGAAGGACAGUAACCAGGCCUGCCUGCCCCCCAGUUCCUUUAUCACCUGUUCCUCUGACAACACCAUCCGCCUGUGGAACACGGAGAGCUCUGGGGUACAUGGCUCCGCCCUACACCGAAACAUCCUCAGCAAUGACCUCAUUAAGAUCAUCUAUGUGGAUGGGAACACUCAGGCCCUGCUGGACACCGAGCUGCCCGGAGGAGACAAAGCUGAUGGGUCCCUGAUGGAUCCCCGCGUGGGCAUCCGCUCUGUGUGUAUCAGCCCCAACGGACAGCAUCUGGCUUCGGGGGACCGGAUGGGCACACUUAGGGUGCAUGAACUGCAGUCCCUGAGUGAGAUGCUGAAGGUGGAGGCCCAUGAGUCAGAGAUUCUGUGCCUGGAGUACUCGAAGCCGGACACAGGUCUGAAGCUGCUAGCAUCAGCGAGCCGGGACCGGUUAAUCCACGUGCUGGAUGCUGGGCGGGAGUACAGCCUGCAGCAGACGCUUGACGAGCACUCAUCCUCCAUCACCGCUGUCAAGUUUGCAGCCAGCGAUGGGCAAGUCCGCAUGAUCAGCUGUGGGGCAGACAAGAGCAUCUACUUCCGCACGGCACAGAAGUCUGGAGACGGAGUGCAGUUUACACGGACACACCACGUGGUACGGAAGACGACCCUCUAUGACAUGGAUGUGGAGCCCAGCUGGAAGUAUACGGCCAUCGGCUGCCAGGAUCGAAAUAUUCGGGUCUUUAACAUCAGCAGUGGGAAGCAGAAGAAGCUGUUCAAAGGGUCACAGGGUGAGGAUGGCACCCUGAUCAAGGUGCAGACAGACCCCUCAGGGAUCUACAUUGCUACCAGCUGUUCUGACAAGAACCUCUCCAUUUUUGACUUCUCCUCAGGCGAGUGCGUGGCUACCAUGUUUGGCCACUCAGAAAUUGUCACUGGCAUGAAAUUUAGUAACGACUGCAAACAUCUCAUCUCUGUGUCUGGGGACAGCUGCAUAUUCGUGUGGCGCCUGAGCUCGGAGAUGACCAUCAGUAUGAGGCAGCGCCUGGCCGAGCUGCGCCAGCGUCAGCGAGGGGGCAAGCAGCAAGGACCAUCCUCUCCCCAAAGGGCUUCUGAACCUAACCGGCACGAGGUCCCAUCAAUGUUGCCUGCUGGACCAGCUCUCUCAUCAGACAGUGACAAGGAGGGAGAAGAUGAGGGAACAGAAGAAGAAGAACUUCCAGCUCUGCCCGUCCUUGCCAAGAGUAUCAAGAAAGAGCCAGCCUCGGUCCCCAGUUCAGCCCUGCCCCGAAGCCUGUCCCACUGGGAGAUGAGUCGGGCACAGGAGAUGGAGUUCUUGGACCCAGCUCCUGCAUCCAGCCAAGGACCCAGAAGGAGAGGGCGCUGGGCUCAGCCAGGUGUGGAGCUGAGCGUUCGCUCCAUGUUAGACCUGCGGCAGCUGGAGACACUAGCUCCAAGCCCUCGGGGUCCCGGCCAGGACUCACUGGCCAUGGCCCCAUCUGGUACCGGGAAGUAUGUUCAACAAGCCCCUGAAGCCUCACGUGCUAAACAGAAUGAAAAGCCCCCUCGGCCUCAGGUUUCCCAACCCUGCUCCUGCCCCCACGUUAUCCGAUUGUUGUCCCAAGAGGAAGGGGUCUUUGCCCAAGAUCUGGAGCCUGCUCCCAUUGAAGAUGGUAUUGUCUACCCGGAGCCAAGUGACAGCCCCACCCUGGAUACCAGCAGUGAGUUCCAGGUGCAGGCCCCACCCCGAGGCACCUUGGGAAGAGUGUACCCAGGCAGCAGGGGCUCAGAGAAGCACAGCCCUGACAGUGCCUGCUCUGUGGACUACAGCAGCAGCCGCCUUUCCAGCCCUGAGCACCCCAAUGAAGACUCUGAGAGCACGGAGCCCCUGAGUGUGGAUGGCAUCUCCUCAGACCUUGAAGAGCCAGCCGAGGGUGAUGAGGAAGAGGAGGAAGAGGAGGGAGGCACUGGCCCCUAUGGGCUGCAGGAAGGCAGCCCCAGUACCCCGGACCAGGAGCAGUUUCUAAAACAGCACUUUGAGACUCUGGCCAAUGGGGCAGCUCCAGGGGGCCCAGUCCGGGUACUGGAGAGGACAGAGUCUCGGAGCAUCUCUUCACGAUUCCUGCUGCAAGUGCAGACCCCCCAACUCAGGGAACCGUCCCCAUCACCCUCAAGCCUGUCACUGAAGUUGAGACCAGUCCAGGUGCCACAGGUGUCUGGUGAGCAGCUGAGAGGCAAUGGUGCCAAUCCCCCAGGAGCUCCUCCAGAGGCAGAGCCUUGCCCCAGCAACACUGGUCCCCAGGAGGCACCGCCUGUGCUGUUGCCACGACGCCGUCUGAACCCGGACAGCAGCUGGGCCCCAGAGAGAGCAGGCACAGUCGGUCCCUUAGGUGGACUUCAGAAAGCCCAGUCUGUGCACAGCCUGGUGCAACAGGACAAAGCCCAUCCAUCAGGCCCGUUGCUCUCCCAGGAGAUCCAGACCCCAGGGGUCCUGGGCUCCGGGACACAGGCUGAUGGCCGUCUGCCUCGGCCCCACUCCUUCCAGCAGAGCCCCACAACCAGUUCCACGGCCAGGAUGGCCCGCAGCGCCUCUGCUGGGGAGAACCUGGGCCUGGCAGCUGAACUGCAAGCUCCUGCGCCCACCCGGGUCUUACCACUCAGCAAGCUGGCCCUGCCCAGCCGGGCUCACCUGGUCCUGGACAUCCCCAAACCACUGCCUGACCGUCCUACCCUGGCCACGUUCUCACCUAUAACCAGGGGCUGGGCCCCUGGUGAGGCAGAACAGCGUGGCUCCCCAGCAGGCCUGGGACAGGCUCCCAGUAUACCUGAGAGGCGGGCGUGCUUGGGGGAGGGCAUCAUUCCCAACCCUAGGACAGAGUAUUUGGCUCAGCCUGGGCCCAGCAGCCCCUGUGCCCAGCAACUGUCAGUCCUCGGCCUCUUCCAAGACCCUCAGAACUUGCAGCCCCCAUCCCCUGAGAAGACUCCCAGCCCCAUGGAAAGCACCAGGCCUGGGGCAGCCCUGAGGCAGGACUCAGAACCGGCGGUGAGCCUGGAGCAAUGCGAACAGCUUGUGGCAGAGCUCCAGGGCAACGUGCACCAGGCCCUGCGGCUCUACCGCAGGGUGGCCAGCUGCAAGACGCCCUCAGCAGAGCAAAGUCGCAUCACUCAGCUCCUCAGAGACACCUUCUCCUCAGUGCGGCAGGAGCUAGAGGCCCUGGCCGGAGCGGUGCUGUCCAGCCCGAGUGGAAGCCCUGGGACUGUGGGAACUGAGCAGACACAGGCCCUGCUAGAGCAAUAUUCAGAGCUGCUGCUUCGAGCUGUGGAACGGCGCAUGGAACGCAGACUCUGAGUUCCAGAAGCCUCUCCCUAGUGAAUGCUUCCCUGAUUCCAAACUGUAGCCCCUCCUCCACUCACCAAAGCCUGCGGAAAUGCGGGGAGUGGCUAGCAGGGAUCAGUGCUGAGGGAAAGCAGCUUUCCUAGCUGCUCCUCAUGGGCCCCUGUAUUUAUUAAUUUAUUUCCCUGACUCUUGCCUCACGUCCUAGGAACUCCUGCCAACACAGCCCCUCCAGUGGCUCAUGGCAGGGGCAGGUCUUAGGUCUUAGUCAUCUUGGUGCUGUGAGGGGUAGGAGGGCAGCCUUCCCCAUGGGGGGAACCUGGGCAAGGCUGGCCCUCUCUUAGAAGCCAUUUGAACUUCCUGCAGGGAUCUGCUCCCUGGGGUGGAGCGCACACAGGGUAUUCUGUGGGCAGAGGGAAGAGGUGAUGGGGUAUUCAGUGCCCUUCAGCUGACAGAGGGAGCUUCACCUCUACCUCCACUUCCCCUCCCAAACUGGCUGCACUCCCCGGGGGAAUGUUUUUCCCAGUUCCUCACAGAGCCCUCUGGCCCUCCAGGGUGUUCCCAGCCAUUAGGAGGCUCCAGUUGGUAUCAGGUCCUGAGCGCCCACAUUCCACUCCCAUUCCCAAGAGGCCCCUAGCAUUGUCUCUAUCCCCGUGCCCCGCCCCGCCUUGGCCAGAGUUUAUGGCACCAGCUGUGGGACAUUGCUGCAGGACAGUAAGCCCUCUGCUGGGCAAGUAGGAAGCCCUGGCCGCCUUUCCUCAGGCCCUUGGCCUUGCCUACUUUGCAACCCUGGUCCCCCCCAGGCACCAGAGCCCACCUGCUCCCUGCGUCCUGAGAUGCUCAAUCAGAAGCCUGUGUGGGAACUUCCUUCAUGGUUUACAGGGCGCCAGCCCACCUUCUAAGGACCUUGGCCGCAAGAUGAAACUGUCUCUGUCUCUCUCAGACACACAGACACACUGAGACGCGCACAUGCCCCCCCCCACAGUUUGGUGUCCCUUACUAGAGUAUUGACUAGCUGCAGUGUGCCUGGUUUCCUCUCACCACCCUGGCUUAUUCAGAACUCAACAAGGAGCACGAAAAGGAUAGGACAUGCUAAAGCCAAAUUCUUGGUUCUUGAUGUCCCAGCCUGGUUAAUAUGAGAUGGCCCUUAGGGGACCUGGUCUGGAUAGAAGGUGCCCCCCAAAGGCAGUGUCAGUGCCCAGGGGUGCUGGGAUGCUGGAGGUUGAGGGGAGGGAGGUACACGGGAUUGCGUCAGGGGCCCAGAGACACAUUGGAAAGGUGGCGGUGGGACAGGUAAGUGGCAGAGGUGAGAGGGUAGAUUAGUAUUAGAAGGGGCAGUUGCUAGGGUUAAGGGGCUGGACGUGGGGCGCAGUAGACAGGUAGAAUGGGACCAGGUAGUGCAGCAUUUGUUGAAAGAGCUGGGGUGAAGGACGUGUGUCUCUGGCCCCUGUUGCUUCCCUUUGUCCCAGGUAAGUCAGGGCAGCUUUGCCACGGCUUCAGGCCACAAAACCCAUUCACCAGGUUGGAUAGACCUUUGGGCCCUGCUAGCUGUGUAGGCAGAAAGACUGGAUUCUGAAGUAUGCCCAGCUCUGUUGCAUCAGCUUGAGUGUACUUGAACAGAUCAAAGCCUGUCUCACCCCACUCUCUGCUACCACCUGCGAGGCCACACUGUCAGGAAACCUUGGCCCCAAGAACUCUUAAAGCUGAGGGUAGGCCUGGCGGGGCUGCAGCUGUCUGUGUGAGGUUUAGAAAUCCCCACCAGCUGUACCCCCGCCACCCAGCACACCGGCCACCUGUUGCUGUCCAGUGGCUUCCCAAAGCUUUCCAAGGCUGAGUAUGUAAGCAGACUGCCCUGUCUUUCUCCCACAGAGCAGCUAGUGGGUUGGAACCCCUGACCUUUGGAUUAGCUACUGAGUGCUUUAAGCACUGCACCACCAGGGCUCCUACACCAGCCACAGCCCACCCCAAAUAGAGCUCUGGCCUGGCUUUCUGGGUGGGUUCCCCCUCGCCCGCAAUUCUCAGCUAGCCUGUCCCCCACAAGGAGAGAGCUACACUCAGUGUGUACUAGGUCUUGAGAAGGUGGGCGCCUUUUUCCUACCCACUGCCCAGUCGGACCGGCGCCCGGUCCUCGUCUGCAUGUCUGAGGCCACCGGCAACUGCCGCCCCCUUUCAGAUUUGACCCGCCCAGUUUUGAAACCCCCUUAUUUAUAACUUUUAUACUUUGCCCAGGCCGCGGCGCUUCCCUCCUCCCCGGCUUGUACAGGGCCGGGGCUAUUUUUAAGAUGUCCGUUUGUAUUGAUGUAAGAGCUUGUCAAUAAACAAUCAUUUAUUAACUUUGGGAUGCCAACGAGCGGAGGUAGCAAGCGGCGACACUGCUUCGCGUCCACAGAUU